AUGGGAGGGGGUCAGGGGCAGGGGGCCAAGGGCGAGCCGACAAGGGCGGGGGGACAAGUGCGGGGGGACAAGUGCAGGGGGACAGUGCAGGGGGACAAGUGCGGGGGGACAAGUGCGGGGGGGCAAGUGCAGGGGGACAAGUGCGGGGGAACAAGGGCAGGGGGACAAGGGGACAAGGGCAAGCAGGGGGACAAGGGCAAGCAGGGGGACCAGGGCAAGCAGGGGGACAAGGGCAAGCAGGGGGACCAGGGCAAGCAGGGGGACAAGGGCAAGCAGGGGGACCAAGGCAAGCAGGGGGACAAGGGCAAGCAGGGGGACAAGGGCAAGCAGGGGGACAAGGGCAAGCAGGGGGACAAGGGCAAGCAAGGGGACAAGGGCAAGCAGGGGGGCCAAGGCAAGCAGGGGGACCAGGGCAAGCAGGGGGACAAGGGCAAGCAGGGGGACCAGGGCAAGCAAGGGGACAAGGGAAAGCAGGGGGACAAGGGCAAGCAGGGGGACCAGGGCAAGCAGGGGGACAAGGGCAAGCAGGGGGACCAGGGCAAGCAGGGGGACAAGGGCAAGCAAGGGGACCAGGGCAAGCAGGGGGACCAGGGCAAGCAGGGGGACAAGGGCAAGCAGGGGGACAAGGGCAAGCAGGGGGACCAGGGCAAGCAAGGGGACAAGGGCAAGCAGGGGGACAAGGGCAAGCAGGGGGACCAGGGCAAGCAGGGGGACCAGGGCAAGCAGGGGGACAAGGGCAAGCAGGGGGACAAGGGCAAGCAGGGGGACAAGGGCAAGCAGGGGGACAAGGGCACGGCCGCGGCAUGCACGGCUCCGGCGGGGCAUGGACGAGCAAGCACGGCCACCGAGCGUAAGAGCAGGAGGACUGUGAUGGAUGGUGUGAUGGCAUGGUGCAUGCGAUGCAGCAAUGCGGAGUGGAUGGAGUGGUGGAGGAAGUGGGUGGGUGGGGACGGACAGUCCUCCCUUCCCUGCUGUGGUUCCUCUGCUCCCCUCCCUGCUGUGGUUCCUCUCCUCCCUUCCCUGCUGUGGUUCCCAUGCUCCCCUCCUUGCUAUGGUUCCUCUCCUCCCUUCCCUGCUGUGGUUCCCCUGCUCCUCUCCCUGCCGUGGUUCCUCUCCUCCCCUCCCUGCUGUGGUUCCCCUGCUCCCCUUCCUGCUGUGGUUCCUCUCCUCCCCUCCCUGCUGUGGUUCCUCUCCUCCCCUCCCUGUUGUGGUUCCUCUCCUCCCCUCCCUGCUGUGGUUCCUCUCCUCCCCUCCCUGCUGUGGUUCCUCUCCUCCCCUCCCUGCUGUGGUUCCUCUCCUCCCCUCCCUGCUGUGGUUCCUCUCCUCCCCUCCCUGCUGUGGUUCCUCUCCUCCCCUCCCUGCUGUGGUUCCUCUCCUCCCCUCCCUGCUGUGGUUCCUCUCCUCCCCUCCCUGCUGUGGUCCCUCUCCUCCCCUCCUUGCUUCGGUUCCUCUCCUCCCCUCCCUGCUGUGGUUCCUCUCCUCCCCUCCCUGCUGUGGUUCCCCUGUCCCCACAUCUGA